AUGUCUACAAGUUGCGAGAAUUCAGUCGGAAUUCUUAAGAGCAGCUUUUCGUUGUCUUCGCUGCGAUCUGCGCAGGCGCCACCAAGUGGCGCCGGUGACCAGCUCGAGCGGCCUUACCACAGCCUUACUAAAAAACGGAAAGAGCCAUGUCGUGAGGCAUGGCGGCGUAGUUGGGGUUCGGCGGCGAGUGGGGGGAGCGUGGGAGACGACCUGUGGCCCUUGCUCCAGCACCACUAUGAGUACAUCAUGGACAAUCAGAUCAUUGAUUCUUGCAAGGAGGCAAACGGCGAGCUCCUAUCCCACUCAUCACCACUUAGCCCAUGUCUCCUGAACCCGACGAUCACGUUCAACAGACAGUGGUCCCUCAACCAACUGAUAUCUGAGUUCACCGAACUGUGCCAGUGGCUAACACACGUGCAGGAAGAGAUAUAUUCUAGUCCAGAGAAUCUGUCCAGCAGAAAGCUGAGAACGAGUCGCAUGUCAGAGCUGGUGUCAGUGGAACCUCGCCGCGCGAAAUUCAUAGAACAAGCCUCGGCCAUACUCGAACGUAUUCCUGAAGCCGCCGCAGAGGUGACAUGGCGGGUUGAGCACUUAAACGUGAAGUGGGAGAGUCUCCGCCUGUUGCUGAGUCCGGAGCAGCAGAAUCGUGAUGGAGAAUGCUCAGAUAUUGUUGACCCAGCCCACGAACUCCGUUGUCUGCGUCGAUGGUUGCACUGUAUGGAAGGACGUCUGCCGCCGCCUUCUUUAGCCGCCGCAAGAUCCGCCUCCUACCACGAGCUGUUGAGGAAACUUCGAGAACAUCAGGUUAGUUCAUCAUGUUGUUUGCUUAGAAAUGUUAUCAUAACAAUGAUUUAUACUCAGGUUAGUGAU